AUGAUUUACGCAUUCUGUCGAGUAACAUUAAUCCAGCGAUCCUUCAGAGGAACUCCAUUUCAGCUGCUUGUACUUCCAAGUGUACUCUUGUGGUCAUAUCCAAAAUUCAUUGCCACAGAAAAAAUGGAAGUGCCAAUUGCAAACCGGAAUAAAUUCCUUGGUAUCGGUGGUUAUAAUCUGAAGAAACUACGCCAUGUAACUGGUGUGACAAUCACACCAAUUGAUGAGACCACAUUCCAGAUCUUUGCUCCCAACCAAAGCGCUUUCGAAGAAGCCCAAGAAAUGAUUGAUAAUUAUCUGAAAGAAGAAAGAAUUCCAGAGUUAGAAUUUGGUGCUAUAUACAAUGUGAAGAUCGUCGAAGUUCGGGAAAACGGUUUGAUGCUACAGUUUAAUCCGAAAAUGCAACCUGCAUUUCUUCAUGUUUCACAGCUUGACCAACGAAAGGUGAAUCAUCCGAGUGCACUCGGAAUGGAAGUUGGUCAGGAAAUAGCCGUGAAAUAUUUUGGACGUGACCCUGCUACUGGCCAGAUAAGGUUAUCACGGAAAGUUCUCUACUCCCCUGCUACAUCUGUUAUCAAAAACCUAGGAUCAAAACGAUGAUUUCUUUUUAUUAUAAUAAAACAAAAAGCUGGUGGAAUUCUUAGUGCACUGGACAAAAUUCUUCAGUGGCAUUUCGCCCAUCUUUAUGUUCUGAUUUCAAAUUCCCGCUGAGGUCAACUUUACUUUUUAUCUUUUCCGGGUCGAUGAAAAAAAUUACCAAAUAUGUACUGGCGUUGAUGGAAUCAACUGCCCCCUCCUCCAAAAUUUCAGGCCUUGUUCCCAUAAUAGAAAGGGUAUUGUUAUUAUUAUUAUUGUCAUUUUCUCUUUAUCACAGGUUCUGUUGGAACUCCUGGAGUCUUGCAUGCGUAGCGGGUUUACUACCUGCAGCUUAUGGUACCAUGCUAUCCGUUCUUUACAGUUAUCUAAUACUUUCCUGAUUAUUCUAGCCAUGCCAAAGAGGCAAACCUUUUUGUAACAGUUCUACUGGGCACUCAAUUCCAAUUUCCUUUAUAUUUCUCUUUGAUGCCUUCUGAUACUACUCCCAAGGACCCAAAAAUAAUUGGCACUAUCUUCACCUUCUUCAUUUUCCAAAGCUGGGAUAUUUUGUACUUAAGAGGGUCGUACUUAUCUAUCUAUCUUUCUGCCUUCCUUCUUGUCUAUCCACGGGUCAAAGGGGUAUGCAGCGUCAACUAUAUAGCAUAUAUUAUUAUUAUCAUUAUAGCAUGCCAGGCAAAAUGUUUAACAACAUUUCAUCCAUCGCUGAGUUCAAAUUCCGCCAAGGUCAGCUUUGCCUUUCAUCCUUUCGGAGUCGAUAAAUUAAUUAUCAGUUGAACACUGGGGUUGAUCUAAUCAAAUAGUCCCCUCCCCCAACAUUUCAGGACUUGUGCCUAUAGUAGAAAAGAUUAUUAUUAUUAUUAUCAUUAUUAUUAUUAUUAUUAUUAUUAUUAUUAUUAUUAUUAUUAUUAUUAUUAUUAUUAUUAUUAUUAAGGAUGGUAGAUUGGUGCAUAAAUUAGAGUGUUGGCCAACACUUUACAUUCUGAGUUCAUAUCCUGCUGAGGUUGACUUUGCCUUUCAUUUCUUUGAGGUUGGUAAGAUUAAAGUACAAUGAAGUCCUGGGUCCGAUAAUACCAGCUAGUUCCCCCCCCCCCCCCC